AUGGUCAACGGUCUGUCAGGCGCGCCGUCAAACUGGGACGUGCUGUGUGAGCAGCUGCGGAAGCGCCUGCCCCCGCAGGUUUCAGCGGACAUGCUGCUGCACAGGAGCCAGGCCAACGUGCGAUUUGCGACGUGGGACGGCAUCGACCGCUGCGGCCAGCGGCUGGCGGACGAGGUGCGCGCUGUGGCGGCUGCGCCGGAGAACGCUUCCCUGACCCGUAUCAGCUUCAUUGGCCACAGCAUGGGAGGCCUCAUGGCGCGCUACGCGCUCGGGGUGCUGUUCAACCCUUCGGCUGGCACCAUCGCUGGCUUACAGCCAACCCACUUCAUAACGCUUGCUACACCGCACUUUGGGUGUGACACCGACGGCGUGUCAGCGGUGCCCUUCAUCACCUGGAGCGGGGGCCUGCCGCUGCUGGGCGACCAGAUACGAGGCCUCCUGCAGGGUAUCGCACACGCCACGGGGGCUGCGCUGCUGCGGCGCACAGGAGAGCACUUUUUCCUGCUGGAUGGCGGCGGCGCCGCGGACUCAGCUGCGCCUGUGCCUGAAGCUGCCCCUGAGAAGGGAAGGCAGCGCCAGACGGCGUUUGGCACGGCAGACGCAGACCAGCCGCUGUUAUACCAGAUGACUGAGGACGUUCCUUCCAAGGGGCUCUACUUCUACUCUGCUCUGAAGGCGUUCAAGACACGCACAGCCUAUGCCAACACCGACGGCGACCACCUGGUGGGGUGGGCCAACAGCUCCCUGCGGCCCCUGGACCGCCUGCCCCCCCUGCCCCCGGAGGCCACCCGUGAGGCGCGGGGCGUCGUGCUGGAGGACCCCCUGCCGGCAGCCUGGGACCGCGACGAGUGGAGGAAGCUGCAGCGGCUGAUGGCAAAUGCACGCAGCAGCGGGAAUGGCGAGCCUGCUGCUGCCGCCAAGCUGCAGGAGUACAGGGGCAGCCGGGCGUACGAAGGACCCACCUCCCAUCCAGGGCAGCAGGUUGGUGGGGCUAACGGAAGCAGCAGCAGCAGCAGCGUGUGGCAAGCCCUCCGCAACGGCAGCAGCAGCAGCAGCAGCAGCGGGGGACCAAAUGGCUCCUCGGGGCCGCAGGCAGCUUCUGGCAGCAGCGACGAAGAUUGGGGCGCCUCUGCUGAUGAGGACUGGGCCACAGCUGCAGAGGCCAACACGGCUCCCGAAUGGGGGGCCGAGAGCUCUGCGCACAACAACAUCCAAGUGACGCGCAAGGUCCUGAACUGGCAGGGCAAGGCUGUGCCGCGCCACCUGGUGGAGCAGCUCUCAGCCAUGGAGCGGCUCCUGCGGGAUGCAGGGCAUGCAGGUGCACACAGCAGCAAGCAGUCCAGCCCUGCCGGCAAGGCAGGCGGCGAGGGGCCCGAUGGGGCUGGCAUGGCUGGGCCGCAGCUGGCAACAAGCGUGGUGGGGCAGUGA